AUGGUCGGUUCAUGGGCGCUCAUGCGUUCGACGUCGCCUCACUGCUUGGUGGCUGCACUGCUGAAUAGCGGUGUUCAUGCAUUAAUGUAUCUAUACUACGCUCUCCGGACAAUGAAAAUAGCAAUCCCCAUCCGCCUGAAGCGGACAUUGACGGCUGUACAGAUUGCCCAGUUUACCAUUGGGUAUACCCUGGGUUUGAGCUAUCUGUUCGUUUCGUAUGAUGCACCGCAUGCGCGCAUCUCAGUUGGCGGGGAUGAUGAUCUCCGCGCUGAAAUGCAGCACACUGUGCUCCCCUGUCUCCAUAAACCAGAUCAUUUGGGCGCGCUGCUGUUGGGGGGCUUGUAUCUUGGGCCUCUGAUCUAUAUGUUUGUUCGGCUAUUUAUCCGUUCGUAUUUGUCUACUGGGAAGGGGAAGAUGGAAUGA